UAAAAUAAUAAAAUUCAAUAUUAAUUUUUAAUUUUUUUAUUACAGGUUUUUGUAAAAAUUGCUUGUUGUUCUCCACAAGCAUUACAGAUAGUGAUUGAAAUGCAGUAUUUAGAACAGUUAACAUCAGAAAUAUAUAAAGAUGACAUGUUGCUGUUGCUGAACUGCGUAGAAUUGUUGACUAAUUUAGUGCUGGUUGAGCAUGGACUCGUAUGUCUGCAACAGUACGGCCUCUUGGAUAAAUUACAAGAGUUGUUAACAAGGUCACUUGAAGAUUCUUUAGGUUCUUUUAUACUUCCAGGUUUGCUUAAAUUUUUUGGCAAUCUUGGACACUCCCAACCAAAAAAGCUUUUUAAAGAACUUCCAAAGGUGGUGAAUAUUAUUUUUAACUUGUGUGACAGUAAUGAUUUUGUCCUGAAGAGCCACGCGGUUCGAACGUUGGGUUUUAUCGGGGCAAUGUCUGACGGGAAGAGAUAUUUAGUGCAAGAAGGGACUAAGAUGGAAAAAUAUCUUCAAUGUGUUGGUGAUUUAAUAAAAGGAGGUUCAAAUGAAGUAAAAGUUGAUGGCUUGGCUACUAUGUUUGAUCUAAUUCAGAUUAUGGUAAGUUAUUUGUACUAUAUUUUCUUUAUUAUUUAUCAUUGUAAGUAUGAAGUAUCGCAAAUCUUGCAUUCCUAUUAUUACAAAUUACAGAUUGAUACCCAGGGAUGGUCAGUGAUUAGGGGCUAGAGGGAUCAAAUCCCACUUAUAAUUAUAUCAAAUUACUUGCUGAUAAAAAGCAUACGUUUAUUGGAUAUAAACAUUUUAAAGUAAUAUUCAAACAUUAAUCUCACAAUUAGAGAAUAUUCAGCUGGGGAUGACCAUGCAAUAAAGUUAUACAAGUUUAUCACUGUGCAUAAGAUUGUGCAUCCUAUCUACACAACUUUGUCACUGGCAAUACAGUCAGUUGUGUAAUCUUUCAUCUUUCCCUCAUGAAAUUUGACGACUAAUGGAUACGCCACCUGUAAUGGCUGUAAUUGUGAUUUGCUGUAUACCUUGUAAUGUGUUAGUUCUUUGCAUUAAUUAAUCAAUUGAUUAGAGUGUGGCUUAAAAUUAUAUUUUAAAGUAUUAAAACUAAUAAAAAUCGUAAAAUAUAUAUAGUAGGCAACCUUUGAUAGUAAUUGAAGUAUGAUAUUGUUUCAUACAGUGUGUAGCAAAACUGCUAUUAUUUUGGGGAUAGAUACUUCUAAAAUAUUGGUACAGAGUUUAGUUACACCCUGUAUAUUGCAUUUAUUAACAUUGUAUGAACAAAGUUGCCCAAUGCACCCAGUUACACAGUCAGAGAUGAAAGAGAAAACAUGAACAAAAUUUCUUUAUAAGUAUAAUUAAAUCCACUUAUUUUAUUUAUAAAUAUUGUUAUCAACAGUCUAAUAUUAUCAGAUUAGUAAACCCUAAAAUAUGUAAAUUGAAAAAUACUCUAUAA